GAUUUUCUUGUCCACCCGAAAAAGAAAAACUCGGUCUUCAUUUUAUGUAUACAUGCAAACAGUUCCGGUCUUCCCAGAAUCUCUUACCUCACCAAGUCACAACUAAACCUUAAAAAAUUCUCCACCUUUUCCUCACUCCCCCUUUCUUAUAAUCCCUCAAACCUCAACGGCAAAGAUGUCUGCUUUCAUGAUGAGCAUCACUCCGGGCAUGCCUUCCUCACAGUCACAAACAGUCACUUCUGCACCACCGCCGACGUCACUUCCCGUCCGUACCAUCCCCGGCGCGUACGGCUGGCCGCUGCUGGGCCCCAUCUCCGACCGGCUGGACUACUUCUGGUUCCAGGGACCGGAGACGUUCUUCAAGAAAAGAACCGAGAAGUACAAGUCUACGGUAUUCCGUACCAAUGUCCCUCCGACUUUCCCGCUGUUUUUGGGUGUUAACCCUAACGUUGUGGCCGUGCUGGACUGCAAGUCGUUCUCGCACCUCUUCGACAUGGACCUCGUCGAGAAGAAGAACUGUCUCGUCGGUGACUUCAUGCCCAGUGUUAAGUUCACCGGUGACCUCAGGACCUGUGCUUACCUUGAUACAUCUGAGCCUCAACAUGCCCAGAUCAAGAACUUUGCCAUGGACAUCUUGAAACAAAGCUCCAAGGUAUGGGUACCUGAGCUCACCGCCAACCUCUCUGCACUAUGGGACACGAUAGAUGCAGAUAUCGCUAAGGAUGGAAAAGCUAGCUAUUUGAUCCCACUCCAGAAGUCCAUAUUCAAGUUCCUUACAAAAUGCUUAGUUGGAGCUGACGUUUCAAGCUCGCCCAAAAUAGCCAAGUCCGGCCAUGUUAUGCUCGACCGCUGGCUCGCUCUCCAGCUCCUCCCCACUGUGAAGAUCGGUGUGCUUCAGCCUCUGGAGGAGAUUUUCCUUCAUUCCUUUGCGUAUCCUUCUUUUCUUGUGAGUGGGGACUACAACAAGCUCUACAAGUUUAUAGAAGAAUAUGGGAAAGAUGUAGUAAACAGAGGUCAAACCGAAUUCGGACUAAGUAAAGAAGAAGCAAUUCACAACCUCCUCUUUGUGCUUGGCUUCAACGCAUUUGGUGGAUUCUCUGUGUUUCUUCCGAGUUUAGUUAGUGCAAUUGCCAGUGACACCACUGGUUUACAACAAAGAUUAGUCAAAGAAGUCAGGGAAAAUGCCGGUUCAACUCUGAGUUUUGAAUCGGUGAAAGACUUGCCACUGGUACAGUCCGUUGUGUAUGAAACACUCCGGCUCAAUCCCCCGGUUCCUCUCCAGUUCGCUCGAGCCAGAAAGGAUUUCCAACUCAGUUCACAUGACUCGGCAUUUGACAUCAAGAAGGGAGAAUUGCUUUGUGGCUUCCAACAACAGGUCAUGAGGGAUGAGAACAUCUUUGACGAUCCGGAGACAUUUAAACCGGAUCGGUUUCUGGAAAACAAAGAGCUACAAAACUAUCUGUACUGGUCUAAUGGACCGCAAACUGGUUCGCCAAGCGCCUCAAACAAACAAUGUGCAGGCAAGGACAUAGUGACCCUCACUGCUUGUUUGUUUGUUGCUCAUGUAUUUCAAAGAUAUGAUUCCAUCACAGGAACUUCUUCCUCAAUCACAGCCAUUGAGAAGGCAAAGCAGAAAGCAGUGUGAUCACAGUUCGUUCAAAUAAUGAUAGUAAAGGUGAUUAUGAUUC